AGACCAACCUCCCACCCCUAACCCCAGCCCACAAACCCCUCCUUCAGGCAGAAGUACAUGUGACCCAGCGUGGAAUGAGGAAGCCCGAGCGGCCACAUGAGCACUGUUGCUGCCGAGCCACCAGACAAGCAACAGGCUCCCGGUGGAAAGAGGUGACAAGUGAAAGGAUCAUGAGCCCUGCUGCAACAGAUGCUGCGGAGUCCAAACCCCCAGAUGGGGGAUGGGGUUGGAUGGUGGUGGUCGGGGCCCAUAUUUCCAUUGGAUUUGCUUAUUCUACUCCUAAAGCUCUUUCCAUCUUCUUCAAAGAAAUUCAAGAGGAUUUGGGGGCCAGCUCCAGUGAAAUAGCAUGGAUCUCCUCCAUAAUGCUGGCUGUUAUGUAUGCAGGCGGACCGGUGAGCAGCGUGCUGGUCAAACGCUUUGGAAGCCGACCCAUAGUCAUAGUUGGUGGACUGAUGUGUGGGGUUUCCAUGGUUACUGCUUCUUUUGGAAGGUCCAUUGUUUAUCUCUACCUGAGCAUCGGGAUCAUCGGAGGUUGUGGACUCUGCUUUAACCUCAAUGCAUCUCUCACCAUCAUCAGUAAAUAUUUUUUAUCCAAGCGGCCAUUAGCUAAUGGACUCGCCAUGGCAGGAAGUCCAGUUUUCCUCUGUUUUCUCGCCCCUCUCAACCAAUUUCUUCUGGGUGACUUUGGGUGGAGAGGAAGUCUGCUAAUACUGGGGGGUAUGAUGCUUAACUGUUGCGUUGCAGGGGCACUAAUGAGACCUGUGACUCUAUCUUGCAACCCAUCCGCUGUUGCAGCACUAAAGAAUAUGGAAACGACAACUAAACACAACAUGAGCAAAAAAGGAAGGUGCCUGACCAAUGCAAGACAGUUUUUGGAUUUUUCUUUUUUUAAAGACAGGGGCUUCAUCAUUUACCUGAUGGGUAACACGAUGUACAUCUUUGGUGCCUAUGCGCCUAUCGUGUUCUUGUCAGCUUAUGCAGUCAGCCAAGGUGUGGAGGAGUAUUCUGCAGCCUAUCUGCUCUCCAUCAUGGGCUUUGUUGACAUGUUUGUCCGUCCUGGCACCGGUUUGAUAGCCAACAGCAAGUGGAUCAGACCAAGAAUCCAGUACUUCUUUGGCUUUGCCAUGAUUUUUAAUGGUGCGUGCCAUUUACUUUGCCCCAUGAUGACGAGCUAUGCCUUCCUGGUGGGCUACGCUGUUUUUUUUGGUGUGGGCUUUGGCAUGGUGUUUGCCCUUAUUUUUGAAUGCCUAAUGGACCUGAUGGGAAACCAACGGUUCCCAAGUGCUGUUGGACUGGUCACCAUCAUAGAGUGCUUCCCUAUGCUGUUAGGACCACCUACUGCAGGGUUACUGGUUGAUCUCUAUGGUGACUACAAGUACCUUUUCUAUAUGUGCGGUGCCGUGAUCAUGAGCGGCGGGCUGUUCCUCAUUAUCAUGAACAUCUUACACUACCAUAUGCUGGAAAAAGAGAAGGCUGAGCACAACGGAGCACGGAGGAGCCCAGAGACGGGGAACCAGGACGGGGUGAGCCUUUCGGAGGCACAGAGGGAGCCGACUGAGGCUGAAUCAGCACCGAUGAACAGAGAUCCACAAGAUCCCUCAACUGAUGACACUGGGCCAGACAUAACUGAUCACUUCUAAAAGGUCCACGAUGUUUUUCUCUUAAACUUUGUGGUGAGAAAAGUAGAGCUCAGCAGCUCCCAAUAAUCUUUUUGAUACGAUGAUGGAACUUCUUGAACAAAGUCAGAACAUUUAUGUUCAAAAUCGGUCUGAACGGAAUCAUUCUUAAUUGUUUAAAUAUUUCAGGUUCUAUAGGGAACCUAUUUCAUUUUCUGCCCUAAUAAUGUUAAAAAACAAAAGUUUACAUAGUGUCUAACCACAAUUCUCUCACACAAUCUGUUUUGUGGUUAGUCUUCACCUCAAAGGUUAUCAAGGGGAAACAAUGUUUAAUGGCUCAGAAGCAGAAUGUAUCUUGCCUCACAUAAAGGCCCACUGUGGUGUUUGCACUAUAUUUCUGUCAGUGUCUGUGGAUGUUUGCCUUUCAUUGUAUUUCCAAACUCCCAAGAAAUCCUAAAGGAUUUGAAGUACAGAGUGUGUUUGCACGGGUGCAGAACUUUUUCUGCAGUAAGAUCAUGAUUCUCUAUUAUGGUGUUCUUUCUUGCAAAUUUCAACUGAAAGCAAUCUGUGAAAAGAAUGAAUACAUGUUAAAAACCUCAGGGGAAAAUAUAAAGUAUUUUGUAUUUGCAGGGGUGCAUGUUAUGAAAUACUAAGUAGGACAUUGUUAUCUUUUUUUGACAAUCGCAUUUUUGCAAAUCAAGUUUUGUUUCUUUAUUAAUUCCAGUAUUGUUUUUGGUCCACUCCAAAAUGCAAUUUGUGACUUACAGAAGAUAAAUUCUUUGUAAUCUUUGAUAAAAGCUUUCAUGGUGAAACUGAA